AAGUUGGGUUUACGUUUGAAUUUGACAAGUUGUGUGACGUAUUGUUUACGUAUUGUUGACGUACCAAGAAUCAAGAUGUUUAGCGAUGCUGAUACUGUGGUAUUGAAGGGCAGUCCAGAAAUUGACUGGCAACUCCUUGCAACCUCGCUUCAAAAAGCUGGGGUGAAACAUCUCGAUUUCAAAAAGAUGAAAGUCUACAAUGAUGAGGAGACUAACACGUUGAUGUUCGACCGUUGUGUGAAAGCUCUCAGCAAUGUAGAUUCGCUUGAGAAAUUGGAUAUUUGUCGAUGCAAAUCGGAAUUUGUUGAAAGGAUAGCUGCUGUCUGCAGACAGUUGGAGUACAUAACAACUGGAUCCAUCAAUGGAAGUGGAAUUGAUUUGUCACACUUCAGUACAAAUUUAAUACAAUUAAAGCUUAAAGGUGAGGGGAAUGGGUUGACUAUAACCAAUGUGCCUGCACUAUUGAAUAUGCACAGAUUAAAGGAGCUGGGAUCCAUCUUCAAGAUUAUGCCGUUGGGGAUUAUUAUUAUCCGAGUUUGAUUAUGAAGUUGUACACAGAAGAGGAUGUCAAAAUUUACAAGCAGAUAAGAGUCAUGAUGCUAUUUUUAGUGGUCAUUUGGGAAUACA